GGACUUUGUAAGGAGAAAAGAGGAAAAGGGGUAAGAGAUUAUAGUGGGGAAUCAUGAGCUUGAAAGGGGGUUAACAGUGAAGAUGACAUAAGCAUUGUUCUCUACAGAACCAAGCAUCAUUGGGUGGGGUUAUUGAUUGGGAUGACAUAAAAUAAACAAACAUCCCAUCUAACUUCCAUUACACUCUGAUACAUUUGUCUUAUAGUUUUUUUCUUAUUUGAAACUAACCUUAAAAGGGAUUCUAAUAAGCCUUUUCUUAUCUACUCAACUUACCUUGAACACCAGAACACAUCCAGGAUGAUCGAGGGAGAUGAAACAACUCUUGCAGCAACAGCCAAGGAACAACCAGGUGAAGUGAUGGACAGAGAUAAGAACAACGAUGAUGGAAGUGAACAUGACGAUGAUCCCAAAGAGUGGUUAAACCUGAGCUUAGGAGGCACUUCACUCUCAACAGCUGAAGACCCUGAUUCACAAUCAAGACCGGCCAAAGUUUUUUCGUGCAAUUUUUGCAUGAGAAAGUUCUUUAGUUCACAAGCAUUAGGAGGUCAUCAGAAUGCUCACAAAAGGGAAAGAGGUGCAGCCAGAAGAUAUCAAUCCCAGAGUCAGAGGACGAUGGCAGUAAUGAGCUUGUCAAUGAACAAUCCAAUGUUUCGAUCGCUUGGUGUCCAGGCUCAUUCACUAGUGCAUAAGCCAUGUAGAGGAGGAACUAUGGUGGCCCCAAGCUUUCAAGAAGCAUAUGCAGCAGGGCUUGGAAUGGCUUGUACACCUUUCACAUCUGAAUAUCAUACUGAUCAGGUGUGGCCAGGCAGCUUUCGUAUGGUUUCACAACAGUCCCAGCCACCACAGGAAUCACACAAGCUUGAUUUAGACCUCAGACUCUGAUAAUUUGUUGGCUCCCCUUGAAGUUUUAUCCUCCUUUUCAACCUGAAGAACUUUUUCAUUGAUCUAAGCAGGACAAAUACCCAUCAAAAGAAAAUAAGCAGGACGCUUACUCAGGUAGGAGACCCUUGAUCUGGAAGAGUCAAAUAACUUAGCAAAUGGUACUGCAUAGUUAUGAUAGGAGAUUUAGUGAUUUAUAGUUUCUACUAUAUGUACAUGACUACAUGUUAAGCGCUAUAAAAACCAAAUUAUAACA